AUGCGAGGUACAGUUGAUCCAGAGACAUUUCUUUUUGAUCCAGAAAUUGAUCGCACCUUUCAUUACCGGUUAGCACAACAAAGAAGAGCCCUUGCAUCUGCAAUGGCAGCUGAAACAAAUGCUGAAUUGGAAGCGCGACUUCGAGCGGAGUUCGCAAGGACUCAAGAGGAACAGGUGCAGGAAGCCGUGCGCCGAAUCCAGCAAGAAAGAGAAUUAAAGGAGGCCAACCGCCCCCUCAGGGAUCUGAAUGAGCCUGUCAUGAGUUAUGAUUACCCAGGAAGUAUAGCCCCUCAGAAUGCCGAGGCUCAGAACUUUGAACUCAGACCUACACUCAUCAACCUGAUCAGUCAACAUCAAUAUGGAGGAUCUGCCACUGAAGAUGCACAUGCUCAUCUAGAGCGGUUCAUCAGAAACUGCAGUACUACACGUCUUCCCAACCCCGAGCUUGUUCGUUUGCAACUUUUUCCUUUUUCACUAAGGGACACAACUGAGGAGUGGCUCAACUCCCAACCUCAAGGCAGCAUAACAACUUGGGAAGAUUUAGCUAAGAAAUUCAUUAAAAAGUUCUUCCCUCGUACCUUGCUGAGGAAGCUGAAGAACGACAUCCUGGUUUUUAAACAGGAAGAUACUGAGAAUCUCCAUGAAGCUCUAGAGAGGUUCAAGAAACUGUUAAGGAAGUGCCCUCAGCACAACCUCACAUUGGGAGCACAGGUGGAGAGGUUUUAUGACGGCUUGACUGAUUCCGCCAGAUCAAACUUGGAAGCAACAGCUAGUGCCGAAUUUGAUGCUCUUUCAGCUCAAGCAGGUUGGGACUUAAUCAAUAAAAUGGCUGAAAGUGCAGUGAACUCUGCUAAUGACCGCCAAAACAGAAGGGGUGUACUGGAAAUAGAAGCGUAUGAUAGGAUGGUUGCUUCAAACAAGCAAUUAUCUCAACAAAUGACAGCUAUGCAACGACAGUUCCAGGCAGCCAAGAUAUCUAAUGUGGAUAGUAUCCAUUGUGGAACAUGCGGAGGUCCUCAUGCCAGUGAAGAGUGCGGAACAGAUUUUGACGAGGAAGUCAAGGUUUUGGGCAAUUCCCAAAAUAAUCCUUAUUCCAACACCCACAAUCCGGGGUGGAGGAAUCAUCCUAACUUUUCCUGGAGGGAACAGAACAACUCCAAUCAAGGAGGAAAUAAUCAGAGGCAAUAUUCAAAUCAACGAUUUCAGUCUCAGAAUUCAAGACCUCAACAAACUCAGGAUCAAGAAAGUGGCAGUGGAAAGAAAAUCUUAGAAGAGAUGAUGGAGAAUUUCAUUAACAAAGCAAAUACUGGUUUCAAAAAUCAUGAAGCUCCUAUAAAAAAUUUGGAGACUCAGGUGGGACAGAUGGCCAAGCAAAUGUCAGAAAGACCCCCAGGUAUGUUUCCUUCAGAUACUGUCAUUAAUCCUAAAGAAAAUUGCUCUGCCAUAACUCUUAGGAGUGGUGCUACCUUGAGUGAGCCUAAACAGAAAAUUGUAGAAAACAAUAAUGUCAAUGAUGAGUUUGUAGGAGAUAUUGAACCUUUAGGAGAAAAUAAGAAAAAACAGAAAGAAAAAGAAGAGGAAAAGAGAAAAGUAGAAUUAGAAAAAAAGUUUACCAAAGUCCAUUUUCCCCCUUUCCCCACUAACAUAGCAAAGAGAAGGUUGGAGAAACAAUUCUCCAAGUUUGUAUCUAUGUUUAAAAAGUUGCGUGUAGAGCUCCCAUUCUCUGAAGUUUUGGAAAAAAUGCCUCAAUAUGCUAAAUUCAUGAAGGAGAUACUCUCAAAGAAAAGGAGGUUGAGUGAAGAGAAUGAGAUCGUUGAGCUUACUGAGGAGUGUAGCGCUAUUCUACAAAGGAAGCUUCCACCCAAACGAAAGGAUCCAGGUAGUUUCACCCUACCUGUUAAUUUUGGGGCUUCAAAGCAAGUGAAAGCCUUAUGUGAUUUAGGGUCAAGCGUCAACUUAAUGCCUCUAUCAAUGUUUGAGCGACUUAAUGUUGGAGAACUGAAGCCGACAAUGAUGAUGCUUCAAUUAGCGGAUCGCUCCAUAGUGGCUCCAUGGGGAGUUGUUGAAGAUGUGCUAGUAAGAGUAGGAGAGUUCGAAUUCCCGGUGGACUUCGUGAUAAUUGAUAUGGAUGAGGACUCUAAAAUACCAUUGAUUCUGGGAAGACCGUUCCUAGCCACUUCACAAGCGAAGAUAAAUGUGGGGAAAGGAACAAUAUCUUUAAGGGUAGCUGAUGAGAAGAUCAGUUUCAACAUAUUUGACCUGAAGCCAAAACCAGUUGAGAAGAAUGAUGUAUUUUUGGUGAAAAUGAUGGAAGAGUGGAGUGAUGAGAAGCUGAAGCAGUUCUUCCUUAAAGAAAAAGCUGGAGCAUCAAAUAAGAAGAAAAAAGAGGACACACAGAUAAAUCAAACUGAACAAGUCUACUCAAUGAACAUGAUUGUCAACUCUGAGCAGAAGGAGGAGAUCGAUUCCAAGCAGAAGGAGGAGAUCAACUCAAAGCAAACGGAGGAGAAGGUAAAAGGUGGGUGCUUCCAAUGGAAUCCAAAGCGUAAGAAAGAAGAAAAAUCUUCUAUCCCUCUUAACUCUAAACUUAAUGAUUGUGUUUUAGCUCUUGAGGUUGCAUGCAAAAAUCUAAUUAAGGUGUGUACUCAAGUGAAAGAUCCCGAAAGUGCAAUGCACUAUGGGAUAAACCCUGGAUGA